UGACAACUCGGGCAGUUCGCACUGGAAACAGGUAUUGUUAUAACAGUGCCUGGGUGGUUUAUCGCGCUGAAUCCUCUGUGCGGCAGUCCCAGAUGAUGAUGAAGAAAUAGCCUAGCAGAGUCCUAUUGUGAAGCGGUGGUGGUCGUCACGGGCUAAUGGCGCUGGCAGGUGCCGAUGUACACAAGCUGCCGGAGGACCGUUGGCGCUGGCAGGCGCUGUAGAUGGAGAGAUCCUGACCGCUGGGGGACCGUUGGCGCUGGCAGGUGCUGUAGAUGGAGAAAUCCUCACCGCUGGGCUACGAUGCUGGUUGUGUGGGGCCGAGGACCGCACGCUGGAUACGAGGAGCUCACCUCGUGUUAUCAGCAUGUGACGUCAGCAGAUGUUGAAGCUUCUAAGGUUGCAGAGCAGACAUUACAUCACUAGUCAGGUGUUAAAAGGGAGCUUGUCUGGAUGAAGCGACCGCUGGGUGGAAGAGUGAUCCUCCUCCACAGUGCUGCAGCUGUACUGCAAUGGCAAAUCUUGCCAUGACAGACAUAAUAUUUCUGAUUUGUUGUGUCCCUUUUACUGCAACACUUUAUCCACUUCCCAGCUGGAUUUUUGGAGACAUCAUGUGCAGAGGAGUGAACUAUUUACAACAGGUUACGGCCCAGGCAACCUGUAUAACCCUCACUGCAAUGAGUGUGGACCGCUGCUAUGUUACAGUAUAUCCACUGCAAUCUUUGCGUAAUCGCACCCCUCGCUUAGCCAUGGCUGUCAGUCUGGGAAUUUGGAUAGGCUCUUUUGUACUAUCCAUUCCUUGUGCAAUGUACCAAAAACUGAGUACUGGGUACUGGUAUGGACCACAGACUUACUGCAUAGAAGCCUUUCCAACUGCUGCACAUCAAAAAGCCUUCAUUUUAUACACAUUCCUUGCAGUUUACCUCUUACCUUUGAUAACUAUAUGUGUGUGCUAUGCCUUCAUGCUGAAAAGGAUGAGCAGACCAGUUGUUGAGCCUAUUGACAACAGCUAUCAGAUUCAGCUCUUGAUAGAGAGAUCUGAGGCAGUACGGGCAAAGAUAUCCAAGAUGGUGGUGGUAAUAGUUCUACUCUUUACCAUCUGCUGGGGACCCAUCCAGCUCUUCAUUUUGUUUCAAGCCUUUGAUUCAAAUUUUCAGAAAAGCUAUGAAACCUACAAGCUAAAAAUUUUUGCCCAUUGUAUGUGUUAUUCCAAUUCAUCUGUCAAUCCUAUAGUGUAUGCUUUCAUGGGGGCUAACUUCAGAAAGUCUUUUAAGAAAGCAUUUCCUUUCAUUUUCAAGCCAAAGGUCGAGUGCAUUACCAGGGCUGCGAGAAAUACGGAGAUGCACUUUGUGUCAUCAGGAACCUGAGAAAUGUACAAUAAUAACCAGUUCUUAACAUUGCAAUUAGCACCGUUGUAUUGUGGUGGCCAAAACUGUACUUUAUGUGUUUUCUGUUUAUUUAUAUAUAUUUAUGUUUAAGGUAUGAGUAGUCAUGGUUGCACACACA